AUGAUUGAUGAUGAUGAUGAUGAUGAUGAUGAUGAUGACAACAUUUAUGUUUUGAUCUUCCCAAAAUCAGUCUUAACUUUUCAGAAGAACUUGAGUAAAGCUUCAAAGUGUUCAAUUUUUAUCGGUAUUCAACAGAUUACAUGCAGAUCCCUUAGUGUGACUAGUAUUGAUGGUAUUGGUGCAAUUUCAUAUAUUUUGUUGUUCACUGGAAAAACAGUUGGAAUUAUUGGGUUGGGAAGAAUUGGCAUGGCUAUUGCGAAGAGAGCUGAAGCAUUUAGCUGUCCAAUCUGUUACUACUCUAGAACAGAGAAAGCAGAUUUGAAAUACAAAUACUAUCCAAGUGUAGUUGAGUUGGCCUCCAACUGUUACAUUCUGAUUGUUGCUUGCCCACUAACAGAAGAAACCCGCCAUAUAAUCAAUCGUGAAGUCAUUGAUGCAUUGGGACCAAAGGGAGUUCUGAUCAACAUUGGGAGAGGUCCUCAUGUGGAUGAACCUGAGCUGGUUUCUGCACUGGUUGAAGGCCGUUUAGGGGGAGCUGGUCUUGAUGUCUUUGAACAUGAGCCUUAUGUGCCGGAGCAGCUGUUUGGUCUUGAAAAUGUAGUCCUUACGCCGCAUGUAGGAAGUGGCACAGUGGAAACCCGCAAGGAGAUGGCUGACCUUGUACUCGGGAACUUGGAGGCUCGCUUUCUGAACAAACCACUGAUUACUCCUGUGGUUUGA